AACAGUGGCUCUGGUCCUAGUCACCCGCUAAGAGAGAUAAAGGCGGGGUGUUAAGAAGCACUUCCUGAUUAACCCAAGAUUGGCUAAUCCGAGCCAGGAUUGCAAAUAAAAGCUAGAAGGGGACUGGGAAGCAAAUCAUUGAAUUCCCACAUCUUGGGGAUCUUCUUCCCGGGAACUAUUAUUGUCGUUAAGAACCAUGUUGCAUCUUUUCUUCAAGUUACUGCCUGCCAUUUUGCUCAUGGCAUCUUCAGCUGCUGCAGCGGAAGGAGAAAGGGUCCUGGGGGGCAAACCAUGCCUGCCCAAUUCCCAGCCGUGGCAGGCUGCCCUAUUCUCUGGAUGCCGGCUGAUCUGUGGAGGGACCCUCAUUCACCCAUCUUGGGUGGUCAGUGCCGCCCACUGCAGAAAGUCAUCCAUAUUCCCCGUGCGUCUUGGAGAACACCAUCUCAGGCGCAUAGACUGGUCGGAGCAACUCAAGUUAUCAUCAAAAGCCAUUGUGCAUCCGGAAUACAACCGGAGAACCUUGAACAAUGAUAUCAUGCUGAUUAAACUGCUGACCCCGGUUACCUUAAAUGACAAAGUCAAAGUUAUGGAUUUGUCUACCACCUGUCCGGAGGCUGGCACCAAAUGCAGCAUUUCAGGAUGGGGUACAACAAGCAGCCCACAACGUAUGUUGACAGAUAAACUCAGUUCUCAUAUCAUUCUACAUGCCGAUUGGCCUAGUGAUCGUUUAGUGAAUAAAUCUGAGAGAUUACAUUGGUCCAAAUAUCCAGAUGUUCUACACUGUGCCAACGUCACCAUCAUCGAUCACAAUGUUUGCCGAUCGAUUUAUCCCAAUUAUUUCAGUGAAAAUAUGGUCUGUGCUGGCAAGAUGGAGGGAGGAACAGAUUCUUGCCAGGGUGAUUCAGGUGGCCCCUUGGUCUGCAAUGGGAAGCUGCAAGGCAUCGUAUCCUGGGGCCCCUACAUAUGUGCCCAGCCAAAUAAGCCAGGGGUUUAUGUUAAUGCCUGCAAAUACACUGACUGGAUCCAGGAGACUAUCCAAAAUAACUGAGGAUCACAGGACGAUUCUGAACAGACGCCAAAGGGAGAAGACACUUUGCUUCUCUUUUUGGUUAAAUUGGCAUUGUGUUUUGUUGAUGGUGCUUUUGACUUGCUUCUGGAGAUACUAAAAUGGAAAAGGGAAUCCCAUAUGCCACCAGGCUUGAAAUGUUGGGC